UAUUUAAUCAAAACCCAACAUAACACCACCAAAAAAAAACCUCAUAAUCUUUUGUAAUUAAACUAAGUAAAAACAAGAAAUUAAAUUAAUGAAGUCACCUCUGUCUUCUUCUUCAUCAUCUUCACUUAUUAUCAGAAAACCUCGUUUAUCUCCAUAUCUGUUCACUCUCUUAGCUUUCAUUGUCUUUGUCACCAUCUUAUAUGGAGAAGAUUUCAUGUGUUUACUCGGCCAACUCGACUCUGACUCGGACAGGAUUUUAACAAGAACCGAGAAGAAAUGGGAGAAGCUGCCAUUUGCUAUAGGAAAAACACCAGAAGGAUGUGAUUUAUUUAAUGGAAGAUGGGUUAAAGAUGAGUUGACUCGGCCGCUUUAUGAAGAAUGGGAAUGUCCGUACAUUCAGCCACAGUUAACUUGUCAAGAACAUGGCAGGCCUGAUAAAGAUUAUCAAUAUUGGAGAUGGCAACCUCAUGGAUGUGAUCUUCCUAGUUUUAAUGCCACAUUAAUGCUCGAGACCCUUCGAGGAAAAAGAAUGAUGUUUGUUGGUGAUUCAUUGAACCGGGGGCAGUAUGUUUCAAUGGUUUGUCUUCUCCAUAGACUCAUUCCUGAAGAAUCUAAAUCCAUGGAAACUUUUGAUUCAUUAACAGUUUUUACUAUCAAGGAUUACAAUGCAACAAUCGAGUUCUAUUGGGCACCAUUUCUUCUGGAAUCAAAUUCAGACAAUGCAGUUGUUCAUAGGAUUUCUGAUAGAAUUGUAAGAAAAGGUUCAAUUACUAAACAUGGCAAGAAUUGGAAAGGAGUUGAUAUUUUGGUUUUCAACACUUAUCUGUGGUGGAUGACUGGCCUCAACAUGAAGAUCUUGCAAGGUUCUUUUGAGGAUGAAGUGAAAGAUAUAGUUGAGUUAUCAACCGAAGAUGCUUAUAGAAUGGCAAUGAAAAGCAUGUUGAGAUGGGUGAGGAAGAAUAUGAAUCCUAAAAAAACUAGAGUUUUUUUUACUAGCAUGUCCCCUUCUCAUGGAAAGAGCAUAGAUUGGGGAGGUGAGCCAGAUCGAAAUUGUUACAAUGAAACAACUUUGAUUAACAAUGCAACAUAUUGGGGUUCAGAUUGCAGAAAAUCGAUAAUGAAAGUAAUUGGAGAAGUUUUCAAGAAAUCAAAAUUUCCAAUUACAUUUUUAAACAUUACUCAAUUAUCAAAUUACCGUAAAGAUUCUCACACAUCAAUUUACAAAAAGCAAUGGAAUCCAUUGACACCUCAGCAAUUGGCCAAUCCAGUCAGCUAUGCUGACUGUGUACAUUGGUGCAUGCCUGGCCUCCAAGAUACUUGGAAUGAGCUUCUAUUUGCCAAGUUGUUCUAUCCUUAAUUAGUUUAAAACAAAUUGGUUAAUUAAUGUUUUUUUUGUCAAUUGGGUCCUUAUUUGAAAUUGAUUGAGGAGAAAGUGUAGUUAUUGUUUGUAAUAACAUUCAUAUGAAUCAUGUAUAGUCACAAAUUUUGUAUGUCUUUACAAACAAUUGUCUUAUUUUUUGGUGUAGUUGAUGGUGUAUUGGUCAA